AUGCACCCCAGGAACAGCAGCCAGGCUCAGCCUUUCCUGCUGGCAGGCCUUCCCGGGACGGCUCAGUUCCACCACUGGGUGUUCCUCCCAUUUGGUCUCAUGUGCCUGCUUGCAGUGCUGGGAAAUGGCACCAUCCUGCUGGUUGUGAGAGUGCAUCGCCAGCUCCACCAGCCCAUGUACUAUUUCCUUUUGAUGCUGGCCACCACAGACCUGGGCCUGACUCUGUCCACCCUGCCCACCGUGCUGCGCGUCUUCUGGUUGGGUGCCACGGAAAUCAGCUUCCCCGCCUGCCUCAUCCAGAUGUUCUGCAUCCACCCCUUCUCCUUCAUGGAGUCCUCAGUGCUCCUGGCCAUGGCCUUUGAUCCCUGCCCACUGGGGUACUGCUCCAUCCUCACCAGUGCCAGGGUAGCACAGAUUGGGGUGGGGAUCAUCUGCCAAUGCACACUGUCGCUUCUCCCAUUGAUCUGCCUCCUGACGUGGCUGCCUUUCUGCAGGUCACGUGCGCUUUCUCACCCCUACUCUCUGCACCAGGACAUUAUACAGCUGGCGUGCACAGAUGCCACCCUGAACAGCCUGUAUGGCUUAACCUUGGUGCUGGUUGCAAUCCUGGACUUCAUUCUCUUUGCACUGUCCUACAUCAUGAUCUUCAGGACUGUGCUAGGCAUCGCCUCCAGGGAGGAGCGGGCCAAAGCCCUAAACACUCGUGUCUCUCACUUCUGUGCUGUCCUUAUCUUCUACAUCCCUUUGGCUGGGCUGUCCAUUAUGCACCGGUAUGGAAGGAAUGCUCCGCCUAUUAGCCAUGCUGUCAUGGCCAAUGUCUACCUCUUUGUCCUACCUAUAUUGAACCCAAUCCUCUACAGCAUGAAAAGCAAGGCUAUUUGCAAAGGCCUCCUGGGGCUCCUGUGUCGGAGAGCAGCCUGGCCUGGCCGUGCCCAGAGCUGUUAG